AGUUACAAAGACACAGCCUCUAAGAUGAGUGGGAGAAAAGGCAAGCAGUGGGUUCUGCUGGCUGCUGGUUCCAAAGGCUGGACAAAUUACAGACAUCAGGCCAAUGUCUGCCAUGCUUAUCAAAUGGUUCAUUGCAAUGGUAUUCCAGAUGAGCAGGUUGUGGUGAUGAUGUAUGAUGAUAUAGCUUACCAUAAAGAAAACCCAUAUCCAGGAGAAAUCAUCAAUGAGCCUAACGGCCCAAAUGUUUACCCAGGAGUUCUGAAGGACUACACUGGAGAUGAUGUAUCAGCUGGGAACUUUCUGGCUGUGCUCCGUGGAGAUGAAGCUGGUGUUAGCAAACAGGCAGGGCAGCCAGUAAAGGUCUUAAAAAGUGAUGAAAAUGCCACAAUUUUCGUCUACCUGUCAGACCACGGGUGUGCAGGAGUGUUUGCCUUUCCCAAGGAAUUUCUUCAUGCAUCUGACCUUGUCAGCACAAUAAACAAGAUGGCAGAACGUCAGCAGUUCUCAAAGAUGGUGAUUUACAUAGAGAGCUGUUGCUCUGGAUCGAUGAUUGAUCAUGUCCCAAAAAAUGCUCAGGUUUACGGGGUGUCUGCCUCCACUCCCUCUGAGUCUCACUGUGCCUGUUUCUAUGAUGAAGAGAGGCUCACAUUUCUUGCUGGUGAAUUCACUUCAUGUUGGCUGUUACACAGUGACCUGUCUGAUCUUACUAGGACAACCUUCCAGGAUCAGUUUGUGUAUCUGCAAAAGAAGAUCACCCAGUCUACUCCUUGUCAGUAUGGCAACAAUGAGCUUAGCAAACUCUUCCUCAGCGACUUUUUGGGCUGUUCUGACUCCAGAACUCAGGCAGAGCAUGCAAGUCGAGCAGAAAAUUUCAAACUAACACAUCUCACCCCAUCACAUGAAGUCCCACUGAUAAUUCAACAGAAGAGAAUUCAGAGAGAAAUGGACCCAGAGAAAAAGAGAGCUCUGCAGAGAGAGUACGACAAGCUUCUGCAGAAAACAAUUAGGACUGAAAAGGCACUGCAGGACAUUGCUAAGCAUGCAUGCCCUGAUCGAGACCCCACAGCAGUAACGGACAGACGCCCACUGACUCGACUGGACGAUAUGAAAGAUGUAGUAGAGCAUUUCAGACGGACCUUCAGCGAGUGGUAUGAGGAGCAGGAUGAUGCCUUUGUACUGUCACAUUUGCAUGUAUUUGUGAACCUUCUGGAGUCUGGAGUGAGGGUUGCCAGAAUACCUCGCCAUCAUGCAGACGGCGGAUCAGGAAGCUUUCCAGAAAACUCUGACCGACCAAGGACAGUUGCUUGGGAGUCAUUAACAGGUGUUGACGGGGGUAACUCAUUCUCUGGAGACGUUAGCUCAACAACAAACCAAACAGCAAAGCCAGCCGGCUCAACUAGUGACAAGUGUGAGAGGAUUAUCCAGCCAGUUGCAAAACAUGAACUUAGCGACACCGGAAGUUACAUCUCAGGCUCCCCUGAACAUGAAGCCUCUUCUAAUUCAUUCCCUCCAUACGACUGGAUCAGCUACUCCAUCAUUGCACGCCAUCCAAAGAGGAAACAAGAGCCAAGAGAACAUUGGCCCGAGUUAAAGUCGUUUCCAAACAGCUUGACGGCACCGAGCCCAUGCAAUAUGAAUCUUUUCUGCUUUCCCAAGAAGAAAGACAAUGACGGUUCAAAGAACAACUGUGUCUUUAUUGUGGUAAAGCCGGACAUCGACUCCAUGAGUGCCACACCAGGCCACAAAUAA